CUCCCAACUCACCAUCAACACGGCCAUUGUGUACAUGCACCGCUUCUACAUGGUGCAGUCCUUCACCCAGUUCCACAGGAACGCGGUGGUACCAGCAGCUCUGUUUUUGGCAGCCAAGGUGGAGGAGCAGCCCCGUAAGCUGGAGCACGUAAUCAAGGUAGCACAUGCCUGUCUGCAUCCUCUGGAAAAUCCUCUAGAAACUAAGAGCGAGGCUUACCUGCAACAAGCCCAAGACCUGGUCAUUCUAGAGAGCAUAAUACUGCAGACCCUGGGUUUUGAGAUCACUAUUGACCACCCCCAUACCCACGUGGUGAAGUGUACGCAGCUAGUGCGAGCCAGCAAGGACUUGGCGCAAACUUCCUAUUUCAUGGCUACCAACAGCCUGCACCUGACCACCUUCAGCCUGCAGUACACCCCUCCCGUUGUGGCCUGCGUCUGUAUCCACCUGGCUUGUAAGUGGUCCAACUGGGAGAUCCCAGUCUCCACGGACGGGAAGCACUGGUGGGAAUACGUUGAUGGCACUGUAACUCUGGAGCUCUUAGAUGAACUGACUCAUGAAUUCCUGCAGAUCCUUGAGAAAACUCCCAACCGGCUUAAACGUAUUCGGAACUGGCGGGCCUCUCAAGCAGCCAGGAAGUCAAAGGCUGAUGACCACGGUGAAGAUGAGAGCCUGUCAGAGCAGACGAUCCUCAACAUGAUUUCCAGGAACAAUAGUUCGGACAUGAACAUUGCUGGGUUAAUGAGCAUGUCAACCUCCUCGACCGCCGGAGCGGGGCCAUCUCUGCCGGCCACGGCAGACUCGCCCAGUGACCAGAGCAGUGCGGAUAUGUCCCAGCCUGAGCACUGGAUGUCCCAGCAUCCACCCAAACCGGAGACCGGCCAGAGUCACAGGACUAACGACAGCUCAUCAGCUGCCGAGCAUCCUUUACAGCAAGAUGGCGCUGGCUAUCAGAAGCAGAGCGGCAAGAACGCCCCGUCGGCCAAAGUGUCGCUCAAGGAGUACCGGGCCAAGCACGCCGAGGAGCUGGCGGCGCAGAAGCGGCAGCUGGAGAACAUGGAGGCCAACGUGCGGUCUCAGUACGCCUACGCUGCGCAGAAUCUCCUGGUCCAGCAGCAGCGGGAGAGGGAAGUCCAGCAGGACAGCAACCCCUCUCCAAUCAUCCUGAAAAUCCCCAUCGGUGGCUCAGAGAACCCCGAGCGCCCUCCCGGCCCUGAAAAGAGUGACAAAGCCUCGGCUCUGAAGCUGAGGAUCCCGGUGGCAGGUGGAGGUGGGGAGAGGCCACUCCCCUCCAAGCAGGAGGAGAUAAAAAUGCGGAUCAAGGUGCCAACUGCUACAGACAGGCACGGCUCCUCGGACGAGAGCAGCAUCAAGAACCGGGAGCACAAGGAGAAACACAAGGGC